UCUGAGUCUCACUCUCUACUGCACUAAAAUUUUCCCACCCAAAAAUAUUCUCCCUCUCUCUAUUUCUCCAAUUCUGCAGAAGAACGACCUGCCGUUUCAAAGGUUAUACAGAGGCUACUAUUCCAGGUGUAUAUUGUUUAGUGCAGACUGCAGAGGUUAAUCUCAUCAUGGAGAGUUCUGAUGAGGAGAAGGAUGGAAUUUUUGGGAAUUAUAUGCCGAAAGAACUAAGUAUAAGUUUAGCUAAUGGUACCAAAUUUGUAGAUGAAGUAUUAAGUGGUCAAAGCGAUCGCUGUCUGGAAAAUUUUCGCAUGGAUAAGCAAGUAUUCUAUAAGUUAUGUGAUAUUUUGCAAGCCAAGGGUCUAUUACGUCAUACAAAUAGAAUCAAGAUUGAGGAGCAAAUAGCCAUAUUCCUGUUCAUUAUUGGCCAUAAUCUACGCACUCGAGCUGUCCAAGAAUUAUUCCGGUAUUCAGGAGAAACCAUUAGUCGUCAUUUCAACAAUGUUUUGAAUGCUAUCAUAGCAAUUUCAUUAGAUUUCUUUCAGCCUCCAGGAUCUGAUGUUCCACCAGAAAUUUUGGGAGAUCCAAGAUUUUAUCCAUACUUUAAGGAUUGUGUGGGAGCAGUUGAUGGCAUACACAUUCCUGUUAUGGUGGGUGUGGAUGAACAAGGGCCAUUCCGUAACAAGAAUGGAUUGCUUUCACAAAAUGUUCUGGCAGCUUGCUCAUUUGAUCUGAAGUUCCAUUAUGUGCUAGCUGGCUGGGAAGGGUCAGCAUCAGAUUUACGAGUUCUAAACUCGGCUCUGACAAGAAGAAACAAAUUGCAGGUCCCUGAAGGGAAGUAUUAUCUCGUGGACAGCAAAUAUGCCAAUAUGCCUGGCUUCAUAGCCCCAUAUGAUGAGAUUCCUCAUCAGUCAAAUGAGCUUUCCAGUGCAUAUCAUCCUCAAGAACCCAGAGAACUAUUCAAUCAAAGACACUCGUUGCUGAGAAAUGCCACUGAUCGUAUCUUUGGGGCUCUGAAGGCUCGCUUCCCUAUAUUGAUGUCUGCUCCUCCUUACCCUUUGCAGACACAGGUUAAGUUGGUUGUAGCAGCAUGUGCCAUACAUAAUUACAUCCGUAGGGAGAAACCAGAUGAUUUGAUUUUUAGAAUGUAUGAACAGGAUAGCAUACUAGAAAUGGAAGAAUCUUUACCCUCAUUGGAGGUGGAACAGUCAAUUCUACAAGUUGAGAACCAGGCUCUGGACAUUGCUUUUGAGACAGAACAGCUUGAAUUUAGUUCACAGUUACGAGACUCUAUUGCAAGUAGUAUGUGGGAUGACUAUAUCCGCGAUCUGUCAGCUAUGUAGAUGGAUUCAUUGUGGUUCUAGUUUUGGGAUAGUAUUGGAAUUCUUUUCAAGAUCAUUGGCCGUAUGGGAAUCUUUGAAUUUGAUCUUGGUCUUGGUGUACAUUGGUGCUUUUGGUAGUUUGUUUAUAGCAAAGAAAUAUAUGGGUAGGUUAUGAUUUUACAAGUGCUAGAUGUGUACAAAGAAUUUUAUAAGCAACUUUAUGGCAGGUUUUAAUACAUAGCCAAGUUCGUAUCUUUUAUAA